AUUCCAGUGCAGGUUUUGGGGGAAAUGAAUCACCUGCAAAAUUUUAGAACAGAUUGGGCGUGCUGUGUUACUUUUAAUUUAAUUCACAAAGGCCUAUGAUAUCAAACGCGCACUUAGAUAUAUAUAUUUUCAGUUAUUGUAGGUAAGAGCGAUGUCACUAGGUGUCACUGUUUUGCACUAAAUGCGGUAUUUCAGCUGUUUUUCCGGUGACAGCAGGGGAAUGACAACAUCGGUAGAUACGGCCCUUCUUCCAUUCAAGCCGACUACAAAACAUCGACAAAAACUGCGUAGUUUGACAGACGUGGAGUUAGUUUGGAAGUCUAUCAGGAAGCUGUCUGCCUUCGGAUUUAGGCGUCCGUGUUUGGAGAAAUUAUUCUUUAUGUGCCACUGGGAGCAGCAACAGCAGCAGCAUGGCAGAUGACAAGGACGUGUUAAGAGACGUUUGGUUUGGCCGGAUACCCGCCUGCUUUACUCUGAACCAAGAUGAGGUUACUGAGAGAGAGGCUGAGCCCUACUAUCUGCUGCUGCCCAGGGUGAGCUACCUGACACUGGUUACAGACAAGGUGAAAAAACACUUCCUCAAAGUGAUGAGGGCAGAGGACGUGGAGGAGAUGUGGUUCGAGUAUGAAGGAACGCCACUGAAAUGGCACUAUCCAAUUGGAGUUUUGUUUGACCUCCAUGCCUCUAAUAAUGUGUUGCCCUGGAGCAUCACUGUGCACUUUAAGAAUUUUCCAGAUCAUGACCUGCUCCACUGCCCAUCCAACUCUGUGAUCGAGGCUCACUUCAUGUCCAGCAUCAAGGAGGCUGAUGCUCUGAAACACAAGAGUCAAGUUGUCAACGACAUGCAGAAGAAAGACCACAAACAGCUGUGGAUGGGCCUGCAGAACGAUAAGUUUGACCAAUUCUGGGCCAUGAACAGGAAGCUUAUGGAAUAUCCCACUGAGGACGGAGGCUUCAGAUACAUCCCCUUCAGGAUAUACCAGACUAUGAGCGACAGGCCGUUCAUCCAGAAACUGUUUCGCCCUGUUUCAUCUGAAGGCAGCGCACACACACUUGGCGACCUACUGAAGGAGAUGUACCCAGAUGCUAUAACAAAUGAUGGUGAGCAGAAACGUUACCAGGUGGUGAUCCACGGUAUUGAACCACUCCUGGAAACUCCUUUGCAGUGGCUCAGCGAGCACCUCAGCCACCCCGACAACUUCCUGCACAUCUGCGUCAUCCCCAUCCCCACUGACUGAGGCCACACCCCUGCACCUCAAUGUCACCAUGACGACGCACCGGCCAACCAGCUGACCCACCAGCCAGCUGGGUAACCCCCAGAAACGGUAUCGUUUUCGGUUGGAAACUUUGAACUAACAGACUCUUGAACGAGAAGGAGAUCAGAUUCGUAAAGAUGAACAAAGGAUGUGAAGGCGGUGUCGAACAAACCUCUUUCCAUCUCUGUUGCCCAUUUAUGUUUCUAUCCCAUUCCCACUACCACUCCUCUUUUCCCCCCAGAAAAUGUGUUCAUAGGACACAAGAAUGAGAAGAACUUAUUUUCCUUUAAAAGAAGGUGAGAUGAUCAGCAGAGAUCUCUUUGUUUUCUAUUCUACUGUCUCGCAUCUCCUUUUUCUACUCAUCUCUAAACAUCUAAAUUGGAAGAGAGUAGGUGAAUUGAUUCUUUGUUUUUCCAUGCUGGUGUACGCCUCCCGUCUCGCCAACUCAAAGACUUUACUGUGGACAAUGAGAUGGGAUUGUUUGCAAUUUGGGGAUCACUGUAUCCAGUCCUGCUGAAGUUGCCUUAGUUACUACGUUCCUGCAUUAUCGUCAUCAUUGUCCUUUCACAAUGUGUGGACAUACCUGAGUCAGUCUGAGUUUACAUCACAACCUGGAAUAUUAUUCACUGUCCCACAAAUACUGCAUUGUUUCGACUGACAAAGUGAGCUCCAAUGAAGACGAGCUGUUUUGGACGUUUAAAGGCAGCGACUGCUGACACAUUAUUUCCCUCCACUGAUCCCAGCACAUCUGGUUUGAACUGAACGUGUGAUAUGUUAAGUUUAGCAUCUAAUUAUGAGUUAGUUGCAAAAGAAACUUAACAAGCAGACAGAAUGCCCAAAGUCAUUGUCUGAUACUCUUCCUGAAUCAGCAUUAAAUUGUAGCUUUAACUUGAAAACAGUGUAAUUCCAUUAUUCCUGUUUACCUUUAAGAGAAGUUCUGGUUUUAAGCAACUUAAGGUCUUAAUUUUGUUGUUGAAAUUAUCUGGAAUUAACUUUUAAUGGUGGGGAACGUCGGCGACUAUCAAAACCAAGUGGAUAAACUAAUAAUACUGUGGUGUUUUUGCUCAAAGGGAGGCUGCACUUGUUUGUUUGUAACUUAUUUUUGCUCUUUCUGCCCAGACAAGAUGGAGAUAAAGGAUUUUCACAGGGUAACAUUUGAGAGUCAUCUCGCUAUUUAUGAGGCUUCAGCAUUUUGUGCGGGGGUCAUGGGGAAAAAAAUCCACACAUGUUUUCAAUAACAAGUGUUGAUUUCUCCCCAUCAGUACAACACUCUUUAGAGGUUUUUACUGUCUGUUUUUGUCAGAUUUGGCCCAAGCUUCUUUGUCUGCUGCCAAACUUAAAUGAGCAUCUGGUUUUGUAUCGUUUAAAGAACUCCGCUUAGGUAAUGCGGCAGCAGGCACGAUUAGCAUUGAGUCUGCAGGCUGUUGUGGGCCUAGACUGUUUUUACAUGUAUUACAUAUGCUGUUUAUGUCAUAUUUUAGUUCAUGAACACAAACAAAAGUGACAAUAGCAGACAAAUGUUUUGACAGCAUAGUAGCAGUAGCAGAGAAAUGCCAAGACUGGAUACGUUUGCUUCAUGUUGACACUUUUUCUUGACUUCUGCUUCUCAUAUCAACAACUUUUUUUUUUUACGUGUUCACACUGAAAUACAAUUACAUUCAAGCUUUCAUGUGACAAGGUUCAUAAUAACUUACAAUAAAAUUGAGUUGAUUCAAAUA